GUGGCCGUGCUGCGUCUUUUUUAGCGGACCGGGGCGAUUCAAACGAGGCACACCGGUAUUUUGGACUUUGCCUGUUUGAACACGAAAAGUUUUUACCCCGAUUUCCAAUCAUGUCUGGAAAAAUCAAAAGCCGAAAUGCCGCAAACGCCGACACGAUAAGCGGCGGUGUGUCCUGCGACGAACGAAUCUUGCGGGAUUGUCAUCAGCUGUACACGGAUCCUGAGAGUGGUCUGAUCGCAGUUGCAGAAUCUGUUGGUGUGAAGCUGUUGCCGCCCAGAAAAAAGAUCACUGUGAUGCUGAUGGGUAACCACUCUGCUGGGAAAAGCUCCUUUAUCAACUGGUAUGUAGAGGAGCACAUACAGCGCACUGGAGUGGCCAUAGAGACUCAAGGAUUCAGUUUUGUAACAAGCGGCCGUAAGCGAGAAUCACUCACGGGAAAUGCCACUCUCCACUUGUACCCACAUUUCAAGCCACUGCAAGAGUUUAAAGGAGUUUCUGAGUAUUUGAGCACAGAGAUCUGUACAUCGCGGCAGAAGCGUUUCAGCCUGGUGACGUUUGUGGACUCUCCUGGACUUGUGGACGGAGACAUGAAGUAUCCAUUUGAUGUAGAUGAGGUCAUCCUUUGGCUCGGUGAUCUCUGUGACCUGAUCCUCGUGUUCUUUGACCCCAUGGGACAAGCCCUCUGCAAAAGGACGCUCAAUAUUGUCGAGAGCUUGAAUGAAAAACAUGGAGAUCGACUGCGUUUCUUCCUGAGCAAAGCGGAUGAAGCAGGAGGAGAAUGUGACAGACAGCGAGUAAUGAUGCAGAUUGUGCAGGAACUUUGCAAGCGUCCAGGACUCAACAAAUGUGGUUUUGACAUGCCUACAAUUUACAUUCCAAAUCCAAAUAAGCCAAGUCGCUGCGUGAACCAGAUUGAGGAAGUGUGUCGUGCGAUCGAGAAAACCAUCAACCAGACUGUUCAGAACACCCUCAACUCUUUGGAGAAAGACUGUGAACUUAUCAGUGAGGCCAUCAUCGAUACACUAGCCUACGAUAGACAGAUAACCUCAGAGAAUCGCCGGGCCCGCUGUAAGAGUUGCUUCCUCACGUUGCUCGGCUUUAGCGUACCGAUGGCUCUUAUGGCCUUGUUGGUUCUGGGCGCUCUGUCUAAAGAACUGUUGGAAUUGACUUUGGGUUCUGAGGGAACCGAGACUCUGUCACUGUACCUGGCCCCUGUGGUGCGUCUCUUUGAUUCUCUGACUGGCGAACAGCAGCUGUACCUCUGUGUUGGGCUCAUUGUGGUUUCCUUCCUGUUUCUCAUCGUCUCUCGCUUCUGCUUCAAGACCCGUCAAACAAUGUCAGGCAAACAGAGAAGGCAGCUGGAGGAAAAGCUCGAAUACAUUCAGGAAGUGGUGAAGAACAAAAAGAAAAAGCUCUAUGAGGACUACCUGCGUCAGAGUGUCAGUGAUCACGACAUGGGCAUGUAAAUAAUAGAUUAAAAGCAGACUGGUUCAAUGGACCCAAUAAGACACUAGACCAAUGUUUAACUAUGAUUGAUUUUGUAAGAACUGUCUCUGCCAUAGAUACUGUUACACACACACUGCCUCUCCCAACUUUAUUAUGUCUGUGCCUCUUUUUCCAAGUUAAACCACUUAUGUUUCAACUAUUUAUAUUAUAAUAUAUGAGAAUGGCACUUAAGUUAAAGGCACUGGUUUAACACUAAUGAACUGUCGAUCACCAGCUUUUAUACUGUGUACUUGAGAUUGUUGAUCCGUAAAUACAAGUAGUGUAUUUUUGGUACUAUUGAGUUUUCAAAUGCAUACAGUUUAUAAUGGAACAACUGUUACUCAUGUUUUAAUGGUAGUCUGGGCAAAUAUUUGUAUUUCAUGUGAGACCAUGUUUUUAACUAAUGAUUAAGUGUCAACAAUAAUAAUAAAGACAUUGUUUAA